AUGGAGAUGGAGAUGGAGAUGGAUGGGAAGAGCAACGACGCGACCAAGGUGGCCAAGGAGGACCCUUCCCUUUCACAGGCCAUGGCUCUCAUGGAGGGCAACAACUGCAGCAACGGCAGCGAUACCAAGGAAGGGGGAGAUAAUCGGCUAGAUGGAGAGGGUGUCAUUGUCAAGAAGCAGAAUGUCGCCAUGGCCAUGGGAACGGAGUUCUUGGACUUCCCUAUCAGCUUCGCCCCCCUUAGCCCUCCGGUUUUCCAAACAAAGGCAAACAAGGUUUGGGGCGUGUGCUCCAGGGACGUCUCGACCCGCUGCCACGACAUGGAGCAUGUCGUCGACUCCAUCAUCGUGCGAGGCUCCUAUGUUGUGCAUGGGUGCGGCGACACAAUUGCCUACCACAAGAAGAGGGCGCACGAGGAGCACGAGUGGCCAACGACACGCUUCCAGUACUACAAGGCAUUUGACGUACCCGUCAAGGCCAGCGUGCAUGUGCUCCGUGGAGGCGAGGAUGGCCACCCCUUUCUGCUUCAUGUGGUGCCCCUGGACUCCACACCGCUGCAUGGGGUCUCGCUGGGCCAUUACCAGGCCUCAACGCUGGAUACGAUCAGGAGCACGUCGCUUUCUGAUAGACUGCCGACAAACUACUUCCUCACCGUUCCCAAGGCUUGUCGUGGAGGUGGCGCCCGUGUCGUGCUUAGCGUGACAAUUGAUACAGAGAUGGUGUAUGGAGACGAUGACGAGCUGGAGGAGGAGAAUGAGGAUGAUGAGAGAUGCAACAAGGAGGAAGAUGAGGACGAGGACAGCGAUGAAGACGAGGAUAAUGAAACUAGCGACGAGGAUGAUGAGAGCUACAACAAUAAGGAGGAGGAGGAGGAGGAGAUAGAGAUAACCAUGAGGAUAAUGCGACUAGCGACGAGGAUGAUGAAAGUUGGGAGGAGGUGA